ACUGGACUUGUUAGGCUGCAAAUAUUCUUCACUUUAAGCUAAAUUCCACUUGUUUUGAAUUAUUUUCGGAUCCACAAGUGAAGUUGUUGAGGGUGGGAGUAGAAUUCCACCGGUGGUGGUGGGGAAUGAUGGGGCGGUGGUCUUCCGGGCUUCUGAAGGUGGUUUCUUGGCUGUGUUUGGUGGGUUUUGUGAGUGGUAUUGGCGCGAACUGGGGGACGCAGGCGAGCCACCCCCUGCCGCCGAACACGGUGGUUCAGAUGCUCCGCGACAACGGGUUCCAAAAGGUGAAGUUGUUUGAUCCAGAGGAUAGUGCCAUGAGUGCCCUCAGCAAAUCUCAGAUUCAGGUGAUGGUCGGGAUUCCGAACGAGAUGCUCGCCGGCCUGGCGUCGAGUAUGAAGGUGGCGGAGAAUUGGGUGUCCAAGAAUAUCUCCAGUUACAUCAAAGAUGGAGUGGAUAUCAGGUAUGUUGCUGUUGGAAACGAGCCAUUCCUGGAGACUUAUAACGGGAGCUUUCUCCAAACCACCUUUCCAGCCCUCCAAAACAUCCAAAGUGCUCUCAUAAAAGCCGGGGUGAGCAGCCAGGUCAAAGUCACCGUGCCCCUCAAUGCUGAUGUCUAUGAAUCAUCAAGCGGCAAGCCUUCUGACGGGGAUUUCCGCGCAAACAUCCACGACCUCAUGGUUGCCAUCGUUAAAUUCCUCAGCGACAAUGGCGCUCCCUUCACUGUGAACAUCUACCCCUUCAUCAGUCUCUACAAUGAUCCCAACUUCCCUGUGGACUAUGCUUUCCUUUACGGACCAACUGCAUCCCCCGUGGGUGAUGGUUCGAUCACGUACACCAAUGUAUUCGACGCAAACCAUGACACUCUCGUAUGGGCCCUGCAGAAGAGUGGCUUUGGAAAUCUUUCCAUCAUCGUCGGCGAGAUCGGUUGGCCCACUGAUGGAGACAUGAGUGCAAACAUUCAGUAUGCUCAAAGAUUUAAUCAGGGUUUCAUGCAACGCGUCUCAUCAGGGCAGGGCACGCCCCUGAGACCAGGAGCUAUUGAUGCAUAUCUGUUUAGUUUGAUAGAUGAAGAUCAAAAAAGCAUCCAGCCAGGGAACUUUGAGAGACACUGGGGCGUCUUCUACUAUGAUGGGCAGCCGAAAUAUCAGCUUAAUAUCUCCACAUCAAAAACUGGAACAUUGGUUGGAGCUAAGAAUGUCAAGUACUUGGAUAAGAAGUGGUGUGUGUUCACGCCUUCUGUCAGCCUCGAUGAUUCAAGAGUGGCAUCGGCUGCGAGCUAUGCUUGUGCCAAAGCUGACUGCACAAGCCUUGGGUACAAGACAUCAUGCAGCGAUCUCGAUGCACGAGGGAAUAUUUCAUAUGCAUUCAACAGCUACUACCAGAUAAAUGAUCAGGAUGGCAGGGCCUGUGAUUUUCAAGGCACAGCUACGACCACCGACAGAGAUCCAUCUACUUCCACUUGUAGGUUUGAGAUCAUGAUUGAAGCUGGUUCUGCAACAUCCUGGAGAUUAGCGGCGGUCGGGGGACAGGGAGUUGGUCUGGUGUUCUAUGCAUUUCUUCCACUUUUGUUGACAUUACUGUGAUCAUAUCUUGAUACUUCUAUACUGUGUUUAUGAUGUGGCUUCAUUGUUCUGUGUCUGUUAAAUACCAGUAUAUAACACUCAGUACAGCUGCUUAAUUUUUUUUGAAAAAGGAAAGCUCAGUACAGGAGAAUUUGAUCUGUUGAUACAGACUUUCAGAUCUGAUUUGAA